CCUCCGUUCUAUACAUCGUCAUUCGUCCGACUAUACUGCCGAUAUAGUGUUGUAAAAGCCCUCAUAAUGUUUCCAUCUGAAGGGGAUAUUGCUCGCGCUUUCGCUUCCCAAAGCCCUCUGGGCCAGUCUCAGCAGACCCAACAGCCGGAAGCUGCGGGCUUGAAGAGACGCCAGCCGUUCCCCGCCUGGAACGUUGUCGAGGACAUCGAAAAGAAGGCCGAUGCUAUCGCUAAGGAAGCGAGCCGAGAGUUCGAUAUUGCGAGUCAGAAAGCUCAAGCCAAGACCGGCAAGAUUGAGCCAUGGACUCCUAAGUACUAUGCUGCUUGCACGGUUGGAGGAAUGCUUGCUUGCGGUCUCACCCACACCGCUGUGACGCCUCUGGAUUUGAUCAAAUGCCGCCGUCAGGUCGAUCCUCUGCUGUACAAGAGUAAUGCAGAGGCAUUCCGUACAAUUCGCGGUGCAGAGGGUCUCCGCGGUGUUUUCACCGGUUGGGGUCCCACUUUCUUUGGAUACAGUGCCCAAGGAGCGUUCAAAUAUGGUGGUUAUGAGUUCUUCAAGAAGUUUUACAGCGACCUUGUCGGGGCUGAGAACGCAGCACGGUGGAAGACAUCUCUGUACUUGACCGCCAGUGCGUCGGCGGAGCUUAUCGCUGAUGUCGCCCUGUGUCCGUUCGAGGCCGUCAAGGUGCGCAUGCAGACGACUAUCCCACCUGAUAUUCGAUCAACAUUUACUGGUAUCUCUAGCGUGGUUAAUAAGGAAGGUGUGGCCGGCCUGUACAAGGGCCUCUACCCUCUCUGGGGUCGACAGAUCCCUUACACCAUGAUGAAGUUUGCGUCUUUCGAAACAAUCGUCGAGAUGAUCUAUAACUCCCUGCCGGGUCAAAAGUCUGACUACAACAAGGGUGCGCAGACUGCUGUUGCCUUCACCGGUGGUUACCUGGCUGGUAUCCUUUGCGCCGUCGUGUCGCACCCAGCAGAUGUCAUGGUCAGUAAGUUGAAUGCGAACCGCCAGGCCGGAGAGGCAUUUGGAGCGGCGAUGAGCCGGAUCUACAAGGACAUUGGCUUCGGAGGUCUCUGGAACGGCCUUCCCGUCCGUAUCGUCAUGAUCGGCACCUUGACCGGACUGCAGUGGAUGAUGUAUGUGUUACUUCAGAUCUCCAGUAUGCCCCUCUUAAUAGACAGCGGCUGACGUUCUGCAGUUACGACUCGUUCAAGAUCUUCAUGGGUCUUCCCACGACUGGCGGUGGC